UUCUUAUGCUACUGAAGACCAUAAAUAAAUAAAUAAAUAAAUAAAUAUUAUUAUUAUUAUUAUUAACAAAUGCAUGAAAUGUAAAUGUCAUUAGCCCACUUGAAAUUUCUGACAGCUAGUCUUCUUAUGCUACUGACGACCAUAAAUAAAUAUAUUAUUAUUAUUAUUAUUAUUAUUAUUAUUGUCCGGACUCAUCCUGGACGGUGCUGUUGAUUUUGUCCACCCCAAUUUCAGAUAACACAAGGCAGGCACCUGUGGUUGGAAAAAUUACACGCUAGGCAAGAGUUAACUCAGCCGACUGAAGGGUUAACUCAGUGAGGAAAUGUUUAGUUUUGUGGCGGAGAAGCACCAACCACACCCCCGGCGAUAGAUGGCGGCCUUUCAGAUCUUUAGCGAGAAAUAGAUGGAAACAUCGAAAGCGGUAGGCAUUAAUAAUGAAUCUCUCAAAAUUCCUUGAAAAGGAGGUAUCCUCUCUCCUUUCUCCUUUAAAUUCCUUGAAAAGGAGGGGUAUCCUCUCCUUUCUCCUUUCUCCUUUCUCCUUUCUCCUUUCUCAUUAAAAAAAAAAAAAACAGAGAGAGUAUUGCCUUUUGGAAUGUAUGUUUCAUGACGCUCAAAAUUAAAUAAUCUUUCCCGUUCCCUUUAACCCAGAGAUUAUCACCGUCAACCCUUCCUCCCUUCCUUCUCAAAAUCCACUAGGAGAUAUACAUCUCUCCCUCUCUCUCUAUACCCAUCAGAUUAAAUAUUAAAUGCCAGCGGGGUCCACUCUUCUCUACCAAACCACAAACCACACCUCUUCUCUCUCUCUCUCUCACACACACACACACACACACACACACACACACACGCUCGCUGUUUGUCUUCAUAGCACAAAUGGUGAAAUAAGUUAGCACUGUCUACCCUUCUCCGCCGCCCCCAUCUUCCUUUUUCUUCCUCUCCAAAAUACCAUUUCUACGCCUUCUUUCCUUCAUCUUCUUCUCCUCUCCUUUUCCCGCAUACCCUCUACUUCCAAUUCCCUUAUUUCCCUUGUCAGGAGCUCCGGCAAGGCUUUUCCGACCACCGCCAUGGCCAAACUUGCGGUGGAAGUCAUACAAGCAACCGACCUCAUGCCCAAAGACGGCCAAGGCUCCGCCAGCCCUUUCGUGCAGGUCCACUUCGACGAGCAGAUGCGCCGAACUCAAACCAAGCCCAAAGAUCUCAAUCCCCAUUGGAACGAAAAGCUGAUCUUCGACGUCAAAGACCCCAGAGACCUCCUCGUCAAGACAAUUGACGUCAACGUCUGCAACCACCGCGAAGGCGACCACUACAAAUUCCUCGGCCGUGUUCGGAUCUCCGGCAGCUCCGUUCCGACAUCCGAGUCGGUCGCCGAACCCGAAUGCUACCCCCUUGAGAAAAGGGGUCUUUUCUCUCGCAUUAAAGGAGACAUAACUCUCAGAUUUUAUCUGUUUCUCGACUAUCAGGCCUCCUCCCCAAAGGAAAGCAGAAAAAAGGUUGAAAUUCCUGAGCCUCCGCCGCAGGAAGUUGAUGUUAACCAUGAAAACUUUCAGGACAUUAAGCAUCAGGAAACGAAGAAGAAGAAGAGUAAGGAAAAAGAGGUAAGGACUUUUCAUUCUAUCGGCACCAGCUCAGGCGCCGGCGGUCCCCCGCCGCAGCACCAGCCGCCGCCUGCUGCCGCCAAUCCUCUGAAACCUGCAGCCGCAGUCGAAACAAGGAGCGAUUUUGCGCGAGCUGGGCCAGCGGCGACGACCGUAAUGCAUAUGCAGGCCCCAAGGCUGAACCCGGAGUUCCAAUUGGUGGAGACGAGGCCGCCAGUGGCGGCGCGUAUGGGCUACAGGGGAGGGGACAAGAUGUCCAGUACCUACGAUCUGGUGGAGCAGAUGCACUACUUGUAUGUGAAUGUGGUGAAGGCCAGGGACCUUCCGGUAAUGGACAUCACCGGCAGCCUCGACCCCUACGUGGAAGUGAAGCUCGGGAACUACAAGGGCGUCACCAAACACUUGGAGAAAAACCAGAACCCCGUGUGGAACCAAAUCUUCGCCUUCUCUAAAGAGAGGAUACAAUCCAACUUGAUCGAUGUGACGGUGAAGGACAAGGAUUUGAUCAGCAAGGAUGAUUUUGUGGGGAGAGUGGGUUUCGACCUCUUGGAGGUCCCUCUUCGUGUACCGCCAGACAGCCCAUUGGCACCGCAGUGGUACAGAUUGGAGGACAAGCGUGGGAUGAAGACUGGAGGAGAGGUUAUGCUGGCGGUGUGGAUGGGGACACAAGCCGACGAGUCCUUCCCGGAUGCAUGGCACUCAGACGCGCACUCCCUCCGGCACGAAAGCCUCGCCAACACACGAUCCAAGGUCUAUUUCUCCCCCAAGCUCUACUACCUGCGCGUCAACGUAAUCGAGGCUCAGGAUCUCGUCUUGUUCGAUCGAAGCCGCGCUCCAAGCAUAAUCGUAAGAGUACAUCUGGGAAAUCAGAACAGGGUCACUAGUAUUCCGGCCCGAUCGCUGACGAACACUCACGUAUGGAAUGAGGAAUUCAUGUUCGUCGCGGCGGAGCCCUUUGAAGAUUUCAUAAUCGUCUCCAUCGUGGACAGGGUCGGACCCGGCAAAGAUGACCUCUUGGGAACGCUGGUCUUGCCUGUGAGAGAGUUACCGACAAGGCUCGAUCACCCAAAGUUCCCUGAGCCCCGCUGGUUCAAUCUCCUGAAACCUUCACAGGGCGAGGACGACGGAGGGAAGAAGGAAAUAAAGUUCUCGAGCAAGAUCCAUCUCCGGCUCUGUUUGGACGCAGGGUACCACGUACUCGACGAGUCCACGCAUUUCAGCAGCGAUCUCCAGCCGUCGUCCAAGCACCUCAGAAAGGGGAGCAUCGGGAUUCUGGAACUGGGGAUCUUGAGUGCCCGAAACCUGCCACGGAAAGACGGCCGGGCCACCGACGCCUACUGCGUCGCAAAGUACGGGAACAAGUGGAUCCGAACCAGAACCAUUCUGGACACCUUAAACCCCCGCUGGAACGAGCAGUACACUUGGGAAGUCUACGAUCCGUGUACUGUGAUCACUGUCGGUGUCUUCGACAAUUCUCACAUCAAUGGCAGUAAGGAGGACGCCAAAGACCAGCGAAUUGGGAAGCUGAGAAUCCGGUUAUCGACUCUCGAAGCCGAUCGGAUUUACACCCACUACUAUCCCCUGCUUGCCCUGCAGCCCCCCGGGCUAAGGAAACAUGGGGAGCUCGAGCUGGCUGUGAGGUUCACCUGCACCGCUUGGGUCAACAUGGUGACCCAGUAUGGCAGGCCUUUGCUGCCUAAAAUGCAUUAUGUUCAGCCCAUUUCCGUCCGCCACACGGACUGGCUCCGCCACCAGGCAAUGCAGAUUGUGGCAGUCCGGCUUGCCCGGUCAGAGCCGCCCCUGCGCAGGGAGGUCGUUGAGUAUAUGUUGGGCGUGGACGACCACAUGUGGAGUCUGAGGAGGAGCAAGGCCAACUUCUCCAGGAUAAUGUCUGUCCUCUCGGGUGUCACCGCCGUGUGCCGGUGGUUUGACAGCAUCUGCACCUGGAGAAAUCCCGUCACAACAUGUUUGGUUCACGUGCUGUUUUUGAUUUUGGUCUGUUAUCCAGAACUGAUGUUGCCUACUUUCUUCCUCUACCUCUUCGUGAUUGGGAUGUGGAACUACCGGUUCAGGCCUAGACACCCUCCCCACAUGGACGCUCGUCUUUCGCAUGCUGAAUUUGCACACCCGGAUGAGCUCGACGAGGAAUUUGACACAUUCCCGACGUCUCGGCAACCAGACAUAGUGAGGAUGAGGUAUGACCGGCUUCGCAGCGUGGCUGGGAAGGUGCAGACGGUGGUUGGAGAUUUGGCCACACAGGGGGAGAGGGCUCUGGCGCUGCUAAGCUGGCGAGAUCCGAGAGCCACAGCCAUCUUUAUCAUUUUCUCGUUGAUCUUGGCCGUGUUCAUAUACGUGACUCCAUUCCAGGUUGUGGCAGUCCUGCUCGGGCUCUUCCUGCUGCGGCACCCCCGGUUCAGGACAAAGCUGCCUUCAGUCCCUAUAAAUUUCUUCAAAAGAUUGCCAUCCAAGUCGGACAUGCUGCUAUGAAAUAGAAGAUUGUGGUUUCAGCGGUUGCUUAUUCUUGUCCAAGUGUAAAGACGAUUCGGUUAAUAAACCCGCCAAUAUAAAAUAUAAAUAUCAUACCCUAGAGAAACAGAGGAAGCCAGAAUAACAAAUUUGUGCUUUUUUUUUUUAUCCCUGCUACCGAGGCCUGUAGAAUAAAUCUCACAUCUCUGAGACUUCGAACAUUGAUUACGCCUAUGGAGAUCGACGCCUGUAGAAUAAAUCUCAUCUGAGUUUGAACA